AUGCUGCUGAGGCAAAGAAGAACAGAAGCUCCGAAGCCUCUUUCGGUGUCCUUUUCACCUUUCGAGGACGAAGAUAGCGACAGCGGCAGCGGUUCCGAAGCCGAAUACGACGACGUUUGCUGCGAGAAGUGCGGGUCCGGUGACUCUCCGGCGGAUCUUCUUCUAUGCGACCAAUGCAAUAGAGGGUACCAUCUCUUUUGCCUCAGACCCAUUCUCGUUUCUGUCCCCAAAGGCUCUUGGUUCUGUCCCACCUGCUCCAAGAACAAGCACAACAAGCUCAAAUCUUUCCCUCUAGUACAAACCAAAAUUGUAGACUUCUUCCGAAUUCAACGGUCUCCAGAACCAACCCAGAAACCAAUCCAAGACAUUCGAAAGAAAAGAAAGCGGGCUAGUAGCUUGGUUAUGUCGAAAAGGAAAAGGAGAUUGUUGCCAUUCAAUCCAAGCGAGGAUCCGACAAGGAGAUUGGAACAAAUGGCUUCCCUGGCAACUGCAUUAACAGCCACAGGCACAGAGUUCAGUAAUGAACUCACUUACAGGCCAGGCAUGGCACCAAGAUCAGCAAAUUCUGCUGCUCUUGAGCGCGGAGGAAUGCAGGUUCUGUCAAACGAAGAUGCUGAGACCUUAAAUUUGUGCAAGAGUAUGAUGGAGAGAGGGGAAUGGCCACCCCUAAUGGUGGUUUUUGAUCCUCAAGAGGGUUUCACUGUCGAGGCGGAUAGGUCUAUUAAGGAUCUUACAGUAAUCACGGAGUACGUGGGAGAUGUCGAUUUCUUGAAGAAUCGUGAAAACGACGAUGGUGACAGCAUGAUGACACUGCUUCAUGCUGCUAACCCUUCAAAAAGCCUUGUCAUUUGUCCUGAUGAGCACAGUAACAUCGCCCGCUUCAUCAAUGGCAUCAAUAACCACACUCCGGAAGGGAGAAAGAAGCAGAACCUGAAAUGUGUGAGAUUUGAUGUGAAUGGGGAGUGUCGGGUUCUACUGAUUGCCAACAGAGAUAUAUCAAAGGGAGAGAGAUUGUAUUAUGAUUAUAACGGAUAUGAACAUGAAUACCCGACUCAGCACUUCGUCUAA